AUGAGUGGUGAGUAUUCGAUUCUUUCUGAUGUGAUUCCCAACAUUGCGACCUUAGAGUUAUUCUUGUCAAAGAUCGGCCAAGGUGAUCAAGGAGUCCAGUCGACACGUGAAGAACUUCUCAGAGCACUCCGGAAGCGAUUUCUAUCCCCAGAAGCAGAAGCGUUGAAUGUGAUGAACGAGAACGCAUAUGUUACUGCGACAUGCAUCGACCCUCAGUACAAAUACCACUUUUUCCCUAGAGCUGAUGACAAGCAACAGGCAAAGGCUUGGCUGGUACAGGGACUUUUUCUGGUUCAUCAAAAGUUGCAUGGUGAAGAAGACAACAAUAACCAAGAAUCGCAGUUGCCACCACAUUCUCCACAGAGCAAGCGAAGGAAAGAGGACGACCUCUUCCAUUCAUGCUUCAUGGAAAUAGUUACUCAGAGAGCAGCCACUGCAUCAACUACUUCGACCAGGCAACAAGGUUGUAGGACCAGUAAAGACGUCCAGGACGUUGCACAAGAGGUUGACUCAUUUUUGUCAUUGCCACUCAUCAACCGAAAAUGUGAUCCACUCGAAUGGUGGAAGAAUGCAAUUCAAUCCCCACUUAUGCAGGAGCUUGCACGGAAGUUACUUUGUACACCUUCAUCUUCCGUGUUCUCUGAGCGGAUGUACUCAGAAUAUGGGAACAUAUUCAAAGAGAAACGAAGCAGACUCCUUCCAAAAAAUGGGGAGAGUCUCUUGUUCAUCCAUCAUAAUGGGAGAAAAUUCCAACAUUGA